GAUUUUUCACAAAUUUUCACGCUUUCCACGAAAAAAUAUUUUUUGGGGGGAAGUUCAUUUUUUUUGGUUCAUUUUUUGCCCGGGAAAGGAAUUCAACGAACGGAUUUUGAAUUGAAAAGAAUUUGUCCGCAAGUGGCGCUGUUAAGUGAGGUUAUGAGAACUUCGCGCGCUUUCUGACAGUCUUCUGUUUGUUUUGGUUUGAGUUCCUGGAGAAUUUUGACGGAUUACCAUGCCACAGACACGAAGUUCUAGAAGGAAAGUGUUGGAGGAGGUUGAGGGAGUGUCCCGGGGUAGUGAGAGUGAUAAGAAGAAUUCAUUGAGAGCCUCAAUUCGGGAGAAAACAUCAAGGAGGAGGGUUCUGGUCAGCGAUGAGGAGGAUUUGGAGGACAAAACUGAGUCUUCAGGGGAAUCCAUUGAGCAUACAACACCCCCAAAAGUGGGGAAGUUUGAGAGGCCAGUUAGUAUAGAGACUCCAAAGAGAUUGCUGCAGAAAAUCGCCAUUGACUGUCCAGAAGAGGCUCCAGCGUCACCUUAUCAGAAAGCCCGGCAGAUGCUGAACAGCUCAGCCACUAAUAACCUUCCGGGGAGGGAGAAGGAGCUACAAGAGUUAUCGGGAAUCCUGCAGGAGGCUCGAGAACACCAUCAAUCUGUAAGUCUGUACAUUUCAGGGCCUCCAGGGACGGGGAAAACAGCUUCCCUGACCAAGAUCCUCUCAGAUGAAGGCAUGUCGAAAGCCUUCAAGAAGAUCUACGUCAAUUGCACCUCUAUAGCCUCAAUUGGGGCGGUGUACAAGAAAAUUUCUGGAGAAUUGGGGAAGAAUGCGAAAUCUGAGAAGGAUUCGCUUCUGGCGAUAGAGGAGGCUCUCAAGGGAAUGAGAGGGAAAAUGCUGCUGCUGGUGCUGGAUGAAAUUGACCAGCUCGUAGGGAAUAAACAGGCUGUUCUGUACACAAUUUUCGAAUGGCCGAGAAAAUUUCCAAAUCAACUGGUUCUUGUGGGAAUUGCCAAUUCCCUGGAUCUCACAGAUCGCCUCCUGACCCGUUUGCAGAGCAGAUGUGAACUUCAGCCUCGGCUGAUGCAUUUUGCUGCCUACACGAAGCAGCAAAUUGCUCAGAUUUUGACCAAAAGACUGGAAGAAGGAGGAGUUUCUAGUCUCUUCCCGGCUGCGACUUUGCAUCUCCUCUCCGGAAAAGUUGCAGCAAUUUCUGGGGAUGUUCGGAGGGCUCUGGAUAUUGGGAGAAGGAUUGUAGAAGUGGCUGAGAGGAAUGCCACUUCAAAGAAAAUCCUCAAUAUCGAAGAUCUGGGCGUGGAUAUCUUGCCAGUAGACGCUCCAAUUGCCCCCAAAGAAGUCCUGGACGUCAUGAAUUCCGUCUACGGAACAUCUCAGACUCUCAAUGAAGACCUCGAUGAUGUAUUCCCAUUGCAGCAGAAAAUCCUCAUCUGCAGCAUCAUCCUUAUCCUGAAGAAGGACAAGAACAGGGAUAUCACCCUCGGAAGGCUCCAUGAGGUCUACCGAAAGGUCUGCAUGAAGCUCUCUAUCAACGCUGUGGACAGGGGAGAGUUCAUGGGGAUUUGCUCACUGGUGGAGACCAGGGGCAUUGUCAAGAUUCAGCGGAAGAAGGAGGCCAAGCUGCACAAAAUCAGCCUGCAAUGGGAUGAAGAGGACGUGACGAAUGCCCUCAAAGAUAAACAACUCAUUGCAACAAUCCUCAACGCAACAUCGUGUCUAGGCAAAUGAGCUGUGGGCUCAGGACGUGGGCGUGAGUAGCCCGAAAUAGCAUCAAAAAGAGCGACAACAAUGUGCUCAGCAAGUUUAAAGUCACCAUCCAUUAAUUUUAUUGCAAAAUUUCACAUACAUAUCCUUGUAAUAUUUAGAGCAAAUAAAUUUGUCCAUAGCCUGAA